GUCGUUUAAAGCGUGCAUGACGUGAAUGCUCAUAUUUGGCACAUGAGGAGAGUGCACCAGUUGAGGUGCGUCAACCUGUUAUAUAGAGAUAGACAUUGGCAAGCACGUCAAUCGCUAUGGGACAAAGAGAUAAAAAAAUAGCGCUGGCAAUUUUGAUUGCACUCACCAUCGCCCUGGCUGGCAAAUUGUGCUUGGAUAAAGAUGAUAGUGUUUGGGCGUUUGUGGUUCCCUCAGACACGACGAAGACAAAUACCACGACCGAGAACGUGACUUGUGGCUCAAAGAAGUUUCCAGAGGUUUCAUUUAGAGCACAAUUAAGUAUUGCAAUUUUUGAAAAUUAUUAAAUAUUUAUUUUUUAUCAAUCUGCAUCUGCAUGAGAAUUGAAAAUUAUGUUAAAUUUAUUUUCAUAAUGUACAAACGCUACAUGGACAAGAUAAUUCCGAUAAUUAUAUAACCACCAAGUGCAACCCGCUCGUAAUUCAAAAAAGUUUCAGACAAUUGAAAUGAAAAAUCUUCGAGGCCUUCCAUUUGAUGACGAGCGGCUGCUCUACUAUACUAUGGGACUUAUCAUUCCGCCGAGCGAUCGCAAUGUUCCAUACGUUUUGAAGGAAAUGAACAAAUAUGACUACUCGUGGGACGGAAUCGUUCCCACCGUAAUCCAGAUGCUCAAGAACAGGACGAACGGCUUUUUUGUGGAGUGCGGCGCCCUGGACGGAGAGGUUGCGAGUAACACCCUGACCCUGGAAAGGUUUUUCAACUGGACAGGGCUAUUGGUGGAAGCAUCACCAAAAGAACUCAAGUUGCUCAACUCAAAAAACAGGAAAGCGUGGGUCGCUCCGACUUGCAUGAGUCUCAAUACCACGCCACAAAUGAUCACUUUCCACGAAGAUUGGGUUUUAGGAAAAGUGGUCGGAACGAAAGAAACUGAUGUAAAAAGCGAGACCAAAAGCGGAUACGUGGAUUUGCUUUGUCUGCCGUUUAACACGCUCAUGACCAGUCUGAAUAGGACCAAGAUCGACUUUUUCAGUCUAGAUGUUGAAGGAUUCGAAUUUGAGAUUCUGAAAACCAUCGACUUCAAAAAAUUUGAAUUUGAUUUAAUAACACUUGAACAUAAGCAUACUGGAAAGAAUCAUGACUUGAUUGUACCAUUUAUGGACCGCAACGGUUACAGUUUAAACUUAACAACCGCCAUGGACUAUUUUUUCUUUAACAAAAAUUUAAUAUUUUAGGCAUAUAGACAUGUUACAAUAUUUUUAUCAGAAACUUUCUUUUAUUCACGACUUUUUACGCGACAAAUAAACAGUAAAACACACAAUAAAGCAAAAAAAUCCUCCGACCUCCAUUUAGAAUGUGACCUCGCGGUAGAGUCAAAAGACGAGAUGUUUGGAAGAAACCGGAUAGGUAAUUGAAAAUUUUGGUUAAUAGUUAUUUGUAGUUUCUAUUGCAUUGAACAAUAUGUUUGAUAAAAAGGAUGCUUGACAUUUCAAAACCUUUUAAAAACAGAAUUUUAAGCGCACCAUUUUCCUUAGCAGAUAUUAUGGAAGAGAUUUUUUAGGGCCAUUCAAAAAUUGCAUUUGAAAGGUUUUGCGUAUUCCGUUUAUUUUAUAUUGUAAUUGAAACUCAGGGGCAUGCAAUUAAAACUACUUAUAAUGAUUUACUAUAGGAUUUGAACUACCUAUCCGGACUAAAACUUUCAUCCAAAAAUUUCGACUGUUUUGCCUCUCUGCCGAGGAAACUUUCUGAGGACGUGAUUUUUUAAGUGCUUUUAAUUUUCCAGAUAUGUUCUUUCAAGCCCGUUAGUUGAAGAGGCUCGUCUGGCCGUAGCAAUUUUUGACAAAAAUGAAUGCUGAUUGUUUUUUCAUCUUUCUGCCACACUCGUUUAAUGAGUCAAAGCAAUCAAUCGCUGGCACUCUUUAUAAAAAUUAUGAGGUGGCAUAGAAUGAAUAUAAAAUUAAAUUAUCGCUUCAGCUACGCGGACAAAUGGCCAUUCUGAGGUGGCUGGAGGUGAUAGUGGCCAUUUGUCCGCGGAGCCGACGAUAAAUUUAAAAAUCAGUGGUUUAAUAUAGAAAAAAUAAUUCAUAGAACAGCUCUGAAUAGAAGUUCAAUCUUAAAAACUUUAAUUUUAACUUUUUAUGAAAAACGCAUCUUGAAGGCAUAAAAAGUUUAUAUUUUUGUAUUUUUCCAACAAGUUUUUGAUAAAAAAUUUUGAACUUGGAUAAAAUUUAUCAGUUUU